CUCCCCCAUCGUCGUGAUCUACAUCCAAUUCGCGACUCUACCUCUACAUCCACCUCUACCUCUACCCUUGCUCCGACACAACCGCCAAUAUGUUCAAGAAAGACAUAUCCGCGGGAUCGAAAUCCAAGGUGAAAUCCAGCGCCCAGCGCGGGAUCCGCGCCAAAAUCCUCGAGCAGUACCCCAAGCUCGAGGAGCACAUCGAGGAGAUCAUGCCUAAGAAAGAGCAACUCGACCUCGUGAAGCUACCCGAUCGCGUCGCCCUCUACACCCUCGGCAGCACCCCCCUCUUCUUCCAACACAUGGACGACCCCAUCCUCCCGCACCUGACCAUCGUACACAAAUACCCGGACGCCUUCCCCCGCCUCCGCAUCGACCGCGGCGCGAUACGCUUCGUGCUCUCCGGCGCCACGCUCAUGGCCCCGGGCCUGACAUCGCCGGGCGGCCGGCUGCCCAACGACCCCGAAGACCCGGAGGGCAGGUACGGGAAGGAGGAGCUCGAGGCGGGAGAGGUGGUGGUGAUUGAGGCUGAGGGCAAGGAGACGGCGUGUAUGGUUGGUGUGCUGACGGUCGGGACGGCGGAGAUGAAGAAGACGAAGAAAGGGCAGGCGUGUGAUGCGGGUCAUUAUCUGGGAGAUGGGCUUUGGGGGUUGACGCUCGGUUGAGAGGGGUUGAUAUGGUUUGAUUGGGAUCCUGCAGGAUAGUGGGAGGAUUUGUUUUAGAAAAACGACUCGAUGUGGAAGAGAGAAGGAAGGCAUCAUGAUCAGCCUGUGCAUUCGGCGAGCAUUCACACCCACAACGAUGGGGACGCUACAGAGAGCAGCAACUCGGGGGUUUUCACAAUCUCGAACAGCAAGCAAGGCGCGUGGCCGCUUGGAUAUAGAAAUAGGCAUUGAUACCCACCAUUGAUGAUGUGUUGAUAUGGGACAUGAAAUUGGUAUCAUUGAUAUCUAGGUGUGAAAACCAAUGCAGCCGUUUUGCUC